AGCAACUCCGAGUGUUGGCACCGAGAGCAGGGGAUGCUGCUGCCGCCGCCGCCGCCGCCACCGCCGCUGCCGCUCGGGCGGCUUCUGCUGCCCGGCUCCGCUCGGCCGCGCAACCGGCAUUGACUCGCGCUCAGCUCCUGGCUGCCUGGCCGGCCCCUCCCAGCCCGGGAUCCUCCCGCGGGGCGAAUCGCCCUAAGGCGAAUUAGGAGAGAAACAGAGCCUGAGACAGACAGCGCGGCGAGCAUGCGGAGGCGGAGGAACCUCGGCGCGCACGGCGGAGGCGCGUAGUGAGCCUGUCUCCGGCGAGCGUGCGAGAGAGGCGGCGGUUCGCCCUGGCGGCGGGUUCCUAGCCCAACCUCCCCGGGCCCCGGCGCGCUGCGGCUGCGGGCGCGGGGUGCCUGGAAGCGGCGGCUGCGGUGGAGGAGGCGGCGGCUGCUCCAUGGAGUGUUACUACAUUGUCAUCAGCUCCACGCAUCUCAGCAACGGACACUUUCGCAACAUAAAGGGAGUUUUCCGGGGCCCUCUCAGCAAGAACGGGAACAAAACUCUGGAUUAUGCUGAGAAGGAGAACAGCAUAGCAAAAGCUCUGGAAGAUCUGAAGGCUAAUUUUUACUGUGAACUCUGUGACAAGCAGUACUAUAAGCAUCAGGAGUUUGACAAUCACAUUAAUUCAUAUGACCAUGCCCACAAGCAGAGACUCAAAGAACUAAAACAAAGGGAAUUUGCUCGAAAUGUAGCAUCUAAAUCCAGGAAAGAUGAAAGAAAACAGGAAAAGGCACUCCAACGCCUGCACAAGCUGGCCGAGCUAAGAAAGGAAACUGUAUGUGCUCCUGGAAGUGGUCCUAUGUUCAAGUCAACAACUGUUACUGUGAGAGAAAAUUGUAAUGAAAUUUCCCAAAGAGUUGUGGAUUCAGUUAAUAACCAGGAAGAUUUCAAAUGUACUUUGAUUCAUAGCCAAGAGAAUGCUAAAGGUGUUACCACUGUUGCUACAGAUCCAGAAAGCGUGAAAAGUUAUACCGCCAAAAAGAGCCAACUUGGAGAUCAAGCCCAGGGGAUUCACAGACACAAAAUUGGCUUUUCUUUUGCAUUUCCAAAGAAAGCAUCCGUGAAGCUGGAGUCCUCAGCUGCAGCCUUCUCUGAAUACAAUGAUGAUGCCUCUGUGGAAACAGGAUUUAGCAGAAAAAGUAGAUUUGUCCCAGGUGCUUGUCAUCUUCACCUCUCUUCACCAACAGAUGUGCUUUUGAGUUCUGAGGAGAAAGCUAAUUCUUUUCAUCCACCAGAAGGAAGGUGCACUGACAAAGAAACUGCUCAAACUCAAGAGAUGAAAGAAGUUUCUAGUGAAAAAGAUACAUUACUAUUACCUCCAUUUUGCCAGUUUCAACUCCCUUCAUCAUCUGAUGCAGAUAAUUGUCAAAAUUCAGUCCCUUUAGCAGAUCAAAUUCCACUGGAAGAUGUUAUUAUUAAUGAAGACAUACCUGUAAGUGGUAACACUUCUGACUUGCUAGGAAAUAAAUCCAUAGUUCUUGAUAUGGCUAAUGACUGCUUGCCUUUGCAAGCUACCAUAGAAGAAAGUGUUAAGGACAAUGUUGCAUCCACGAUUGAAGCUGAAUAUAAAAAUCACAGCCCUGACAUGUUGGCCCCUUUAAAUUCUGAAGAGGAUAAUAUAACCCUACAUAAAAAAAUGGAUUUAUAUAAAAGACCAUGUGAGCCAUUUGUACCCGUACUUAACAAAGAUGGAUCCACAGUUCUUCAGUGGCCAUCAGAAAUGCUGAUUUACACAACUACUCAACCAUCAAUUUCCUAUAGCUGUAAUCCUCUCUGUUUUGACUUCAAGUCCACUAAAUUAAACAACAAUCUAGAUAAAAAUAAGCUGCCCUUAAAUGAUCUUUCUUCUCAUCAGAAGGGAGAAGACAUUUGCAAGAGACCAGUUUUAGACUGCAAGGACACAUCUGUGACAGGACUUACUGAUCAUGAAAUUGGAGGUAGCAGAAAUGGAUAUACCCAAGUCACUCCUCUUUUGGCUGAUGAUACGCUCUCCAAUAGCUGUGAUUCUGGAAAAAAUGACAGUAUGAGUCAGAGGUAUAAAAAUAUUUCCUGUAGGAUCAGAAAAACAAAAAAAUAUACUUUUACUAAAAAUCAGAUAAAACAGGAUGCUCUUGGUGGCAAAUACAACAAAAUAAGAUUGAAAGAUACUCAUGAACUCUGGUUCCAUAAAAGUGGAAGAAAGAAAAAAAGAAGAAAGUUAUGUCACCAUAAUUAUGGAAAGAAAACCAAAGAAUCAGAAACUUAUUUCAAAAUGGAAAGAGAAAAUAGUUACACUGAUAAAACUAGGAAAAAUCUACUGGAAACAAUUUCAGAAAAACAGUAUUUAGCUACAGAGCAAUUCUUGGACUCACAGCAAUUACCUGAUAAAAGACCCAAAUCAGCAUCCAUAUACUUAAGUGAAAAUGAAGAAACGUGUAAAACCCAGAACACGGAACACAAUAAUAAUAAGAAUAUUAUCAGUUCUAAAAACCACUGUAAAAAGAGCUCAGAUGUUUUAAAUGGACAAUCCAAUUCAACAAUGAUACGUUCUGUGAAACAUCAUUUAACAUACUCCAGAACUUACUGCAGUUGGAAAGCCAAAACGUCCAGCUGUAGUCAAGAUCACAGAUGCCUAGUUCUUCAAAAUGAAAUGAAAUGCAUGAGUCAGAACCAGGCAGUUAAAAGAGGUUAUAAUUCUCUCAUUAAUGAAUCAGAAAGAUGCCAUCAAAAACGUAGACAACAUUCAUAUUCUUAUUCUUCAGAUGAAAGUUUAGAUCAACAGAAUUAUCUGCCAGAAGAAUUUUUGAGGCCACCCCAUGCUUCUGCUCCUUGUAAACCUAAAAGGAAACGGAGGAGGAAAAGUAGAUUCCACACCAGUUUUGAAGCUUUGGAACUCAAGGAGAAGACAGAUUAUCCCAGGAAAGGUAAUUCUUCCUUAUAUCACCAAGAUGAAAUAAUAAGUGAAGACAGAACAGAGGAAAUAAAACCACAAGAAAGUGCAAAUGUCAAAAGGAACUCAGAACAAAUGGACCAAGUAGAAAAUAAACUGACUUUGCCCGCUAACAGUCCCCUUCCUUCUGAAACCAAUGGUGAAACUGAGCAGGUCGUAAUGGAGACCACUUCUGGUGAAUUGUCAGAGAUUUCCAAUGAACCCACCACAUCAGUCUACAUAGCUAGUGCCCCAACAAAAGAAGAAAUGGACAGUACCUUGCUUGAACACAAAGAAAGAAGUGAGAAUACAAAUAUUAAUGAGAAGCAAAUUCCUUUCAAGGUGCCUAGUAUUGAAAGGAACUUUAGACAGUCACAACCUAAAUCAUACCUUUGUCAUUAUGAAUUGGCUGAGGCCCUUCCACAAGGAAAGAUGAAUGAGGCAUCAACUGAGUGGCUGUGUUUUAAUUCAGGAAUCCUUAAUGCACAACCACCAUUACCAUUCAAAGAAGCACAUGUCAGCGGCCAUACCUUUGUAACAACGGAGCAGAUCCUGGCUCCGUUAGCUUUACCAGAACAAGCAUUAUUGAUUCCAAUAGAAAACCAUGACAAGUUCAAAGACCUACCAUGUGAAGUCUACCAGCACAUCAUUCCGCCGAGCAUGCUGGCCAACAAGGUCAAAUUCACUUUUCCUCCAGCUGCCCUUCCACCCCCUAGCACACCUCUGCAGCCUUUGCCUUUGCAGCAGCCCUUGUGUUCUACCUCUGUAACCGCUAUCCACCAUACUGUUUUGCAGCAGCAUGCAGCAGCUGCUGCAGCCGCAGCAGCAGCUGCAGCUGCAGGAACCUUUAAAGUGCUUCAACCACACCAACAGUUUCUGUCCCAAGUCCCAGCUCUCACCAGAACAUCGUUACCUCAGAUCUCAGUAGGACCAGUAGGACCAAGGCUUUGUCCUGGGAAUCAGCCAACUUUUGUUGCUUCUCCUCAGAUGCCAAUCAUUCCAGCUUCAGUUCUUCAUCCUAGCCAUCUGGCUUUCUCACCUUUACCCCAUGCA